GUGUAAUAAUUAGAAUUGAAAGAUAUGUUGUGAGAGUUAGGAUUUGGUUAGCUCCCUCGCAUAAUAUUCCUUAGAACUAUAAGAAAAAUUAAAAAAGAAAGUAUGAAGAUAGAGAACAGAAGAGAAAAUAAGAAGGCUGCAAAGCGCAAUAACUUUUCUUCAGCUUAAAAACUAGAAAGAGAGAGAGAGGUCCAGAGGAUGACUUCUUCUUCUUCUUUAUCUCUCUGCCUCUUCUUCCCUUUUCCUUCUUCUUCCUCCUCUUCUCUUAGAUUCAUCAACAUUUCCAAUCCCUUCUUCUCCCCAAGCCCUAAUUUCCCACUUUUUGUUUCUUCCAGGCGCCGCUCUUCUCUCAAUACAUCUCUGUGGAUUCGAGGGCAUAUAAGAGGAGAUACAGAUGGAGAUAGUAGUGUGCCUCAAAAGAACAAUACAAUGCGGAUGUUUGGAUUUGGAUCUAAUGAUGAGACAGGCACUCAAAUUCCAACCCAAGCCCAAUCGAUUGUGGAAGGAUCAGGAUCAGUUAUGGUUUCUGAGUUCAAACCAGUUCCUGAUGUUGAUUAUCUACAGGAGUUAUUGGCCAUUCAACAACAAGGUCCUAGAGCCAUUGGCUUCUUUGGAACCCGAAAUAUGGGUUUCUUGCAUCAAGAACUCAUUGAGAUUCUUAGCUAUGCAAUGGUUAUAACGAAGAACCACAUCUAUACUUCAGGAGCAUCUGGAACCAAUGCAGCAGUUAUCAGAGGUGCAUUGAGGGCUGAAAAACCAGAACUACUUACUGUCAUUUUGCCACAAAGUUUGAAAAAACAACCUCCCGAAAGCCAGGAAUUGUUAUCCAAAGUUAGGAAUGUGAUAGAGAAGCCCCACAAUGAUCAUUUAUCUUUGAUAGAAGCUAGCAGGUUAUGUAAUAUGGACAUCAUUUCGCACGUACAGCAAGUCAUUUGCUUUGCAUUUCAUGAUAGUAGGUUGCUCAUGGAAACAUGUCAAGAGGCAAAAAAUCUCCGGAAGAUUGUCACGCUUUUUUAUCUCGACUAAGAAGUAGGUCGAAAAUUUGUAAAUACAUUAUUUAACCGACAUUUACAUAUUUCGUCUAAUUUUGCUUGUAAAGUUAUUAUCCUUGAUGCUCCCUGCUGGUGCUCAAAGUUUUCCAAUCACUGUGACAGUGGAAAAGAGGCCAAUUUGCCUUUCCGAAGAGAUUUUUAUUUUUUAUGUUUGAUAGCUUUUUUUUUUCCUUUUUCUUUUGAAAUAAAAAACGACAAAAGGGGCAACCAACCUUCCCUUUUGAAUAUAUUGCUCCAA